AUGACGAAGGCGAUUGAAAAGAAUGUGGUGGACGAGGAGUUGCGAACCUGGAUUAUGCCAGAUUUCACCACAACAACCGAAUCCGACAAGGUGGUCGCGGCAGUCUUGAUGAUGGGCUCCUUGCAAAAGUACUUCUCCUACGAAGCGAUGAUGCUUUGUGGAAUUCCGUCUGUCACCCUGUUAGGUGAACGGGGGGACUGGGUUGUGCUCGUGAAGAAACUUGAGAAGCUCCAUCAGCUUGGCGACGAACCCGCUCGAUUUGCUCAGCUUCUUCGUCCAAUUCUCAAUAAUUUUGUUGCUUCUUUUGAUGAUCCAGAAUCAUCCGAUGUACUGGACUUCUGGAGCAGAUGUGCCCAUAAAGAGUCUGGUGGCAGUGGACCGUCCUAUUUGUCUGGUUGGGUUUCAGUAUUCUGCUUCUGGAAUGAAAAGGGAAAUAUGAUGUGCAAGGAAACGAUUCAUCCCAAGUCAGCAGCGGAAUUCGAGAAACGAAACACUGAAAUGGGGUUAGGUGAUACUCUGUCGCGUCGCAUUGAUAUCAGCGAUGUCCCAUCUGGUUUUGCCUCUGUACCACUUCUUGUCAACGACAAUGGGACUGAGUACAACACAAUGAUGGUAGCUGGUCUAAUUGGUAUUCAAGCUGCAUCAAAUGGAGCUAACCAUAGUGGUUCGUUUCCGGCUGAGUAUACUGAUAUUGAUUCUAUCCAGCCAGUUUCAGGGUGGUGGAUGUAUGAAAAAAAGGGAGAAAAUUGA